AUGAUAGGCUUAUUGGUGCUAUUGUUUUGUUCGAAAUCGGAUGCUGCGACUUCAGUAGCGCGCAUCAUCGGAGGUCAGGACGCGUCAUUACACCUGUAUCAGAAUAUCGUCAGGAUUGAGGAGCUGGAGAGACGGGGCCAAACAUUCCACCGUUGCAGCGGCACUGUUCUCACCUCCACCUGGGUGUUGAGUGCCGCCCACUGCUUCGACAAGGACGAAGACCAGAUAAGAAAAUACGUUAUAAGAUACCGUUACGGAGAAGUAUCCGGGGCCCCCGGUAAUAAUGACACUUUCGCUCAAGUUAUUAAGAUUAAGCAGCAUCCCUCCUAUCUAUACCGAGAACAACCUCAAUCCGUUUUCAGAAAUGAUAUCUGUCUGGUGAAAACUACACCAAUACAUAUAAAUCAGUACAGGCUGCUGAGCGCGGUGGAGUACACGUCAUUGUUCGGGCAAGAGGUAAUGGUCGCCGGCUACGGCAUCAUGAAAAUGGGAAAUGAUAUCGAAGAUACACUGACUCUUAAAAAACCUUUACAAGUGUUGAAGCUGUUAGCUACUAAAUGUCCUAAAGACGGUGACUUUAGUAUGGAUCCAGGCAUAUGCGCGGUGACCCGUUGCGGGGAGAUGUCGUAUCCGUGCGAAGGCGAUUCUGGCGGGCCCCUGCUGCAUUCAUCGCGUGUCGCUGCGGUGCUUUCGAGUGCAGAAGCUUCCUAUUGUACCGAAAAAAUAGAAAACCAUUAUUUCCUGUACGCAGCAUACACCCCUCCGGGAUCCUUUAAAAGAGCCGUGAAGGUGAGGAUGGCUGGUGUGGCAGUAGCGCGCAUCAUCGGAGGUCAGGACGCGUCAUUAGACCUGUAUCAGAACAUCGCCAGGAUUGAGGAGCUGAAGAGACGGGGCCAAACGUCCCACCGCUGCAGCGGCACUGUUCUCACCUCCACCUGGGUGUUGAGUGCCGCCCACUGCUUCGACAAGGAUGAAGACCAGAUAAGAAAAUUCGUUAUAAGAUACCGUUACGGGGAAGUAUCCGGGGCCCCCGGUAAUAAUGACACUUUCGCUCAAGUUAUUAAGAUUAAGCAGCAUCCCUCCUAUCUAAUCCGACAACAACUUGAAUCCGUUUCCAGAAAUGAUAUAUGUCUGGUGAAAACUACACCAAUACAUAUAAAUCAGUACAGGCUGCUGAGCGCGGUGGAGUACACGUCAUUGUUCGGGCAAGAGGUAAUGGUCGCCGGCUACGGCAUCAUGAAAAUGGGAAAUGAUAUCGAAGAUACACUGACUCUUAAAAAACCUUUACAAGUGUUGAAGCUGUUAGCUACUAAAUGUCCUAAAGACGGUGACUUGAUAUGCGCGGUGACCCGUUGCGGGGAGAUGUCGUAUCCGUGCGAAGGCGAUUCUGGCGGGCCCCUGCUGCAUGCAUCGCGUGUCGCUGCGGUGCUUUCGAGUGCAGAAGCUUCCUAUUGUACCGAAAAAAUAGAAAACCAUUAUUUCCUGUACGCAGCAUACACCCCUGUAAGCCCUUAUAUCAAUUGGAUAUACAACGAAAUAAAAAAUGAAACAAGAAUUAAAAGACAACCCGUAGCUUGCGGGCGCGUGUCGCCGGCGGCGCGCGACGGGCGACGGGCGUCGACGGGCGGGCCGCACGCGUCCUUAAGCCGCGCCGCGCGUCGUCGCCCACUAAACGUCAAACGCGCGAUUGAUAAGUCGCCCCGCAGCCGCCCUUGUUUGCUCUGCCGGUUUUAUUGCCAGUGGGAUGUCGAAUGUUGCCAAUAAACAAGACGGCACACGGCGGACGUCAGGUUUGUGGGAAAAAUAAUAUUUUUCUUGUCGUGAUACCAACUUUGUAGAAUAACGCGGAUCACACAAAUCCUGGGAAUCGCACAUUCUUUUGUAACCGAUUUACUGGAUGGGUAUUAUUACAAGUGGACUAUCG